ACAGCUUCAUCAAAGACAAACUCACCACAUGGAAACAGAAGCUGAUGGAGAGGACUGUGGAGGACCAGAACCAGCCAGGAACUCACAUCCACUUUUACAACCAGAGACUGAAGACCAGACUGGAGACUCUUCUGAUCCUGAGACUGAUGACAGUGCUGAUUGGAAGGAGACCAGAGAACCUCAGUCAGCUUUAAACUCUCUGAAACAUGAUUCAAGAAGUAAGAAACGAUUCAGCUGCUCGGAGUGUGGGAAAGUAUUUGGCUUCAAGACACAUCUGAAGAGACAUACGAUUACUCACACAGGAGAAAAAACAUUCAGCUGCUCUCAGUGUGGGAAAAGAUUUGGCCACAAGGCAGAUCUGAAGAGGCACAUGAGAACUCACACAGGAGAAAAACCUUUUAGCUGCUUAGUUUGUAAGAUUUUUUUUACACAGAGUGGAGAUUUACAAAGACACAUGAGAAUCCACACAGGAGAGAAGCCUUUUAGCUGCUCAGUUUGUAAUAAAUCUUUUACACAGAGCGAAUAUUUACGGUCACACAUGAGAACUCACACAGGAGAAACACCUUUCAGCUGUUUGGUUUGUAAGAAAUCUUUUACACAGAGUGGAAGUUUACAGAAACACAUGAGAAUCCACACAGGAGAAAAACCUUUUUGCUGCUCUGAGUGUGGUAGAGCUUUCACUGUUAGUGGAACCCUGAAGACACACAUGAUGACUCAUUCUGGAGAAAAACCUUUUAGCUGCUCAGUCUGUAAGAAAUCUUUGACACACAGUGGAGCUUUAAAGAUACACAUGAGAAUCCACACAGGAGAAAAACCUUUUAGCUGCUUAGUUUGUAAUGCAUCUUUUAUACAGAGUGGAAGUUUACGGUCACACAUGGUAGUCCACACAGGAGAGAAAAGAUUCAGCUGCAGUGUUUGUAACAAAAGAUUUUCCCGGCGUUCUCAUGUCAAAACACAUAAAUGUGUUGGUCAGAUGGAAACAGAAGCUGAUGGAGAGGACUGUGGAGGACCAGAACCAGCCAGGAACUCACAUCCACUUUUCCAACCAGAGACUGAAGACCAGACUGGAGACUCUUCUGAUCCUGAGACUGGUGACAUGGAAUAAUGUUUGUGCCUUU